CCGGCGAACGGAACGCAACACAAAAUCCCGCUGCUUUGGCUCGGAAAAACACUGUUCAGUCUUUGCACGGGUGAAAAUUGCGCGCGCGUUCGAGUGUCAACUGCUGAUCGCUCCGCUGAUUGUCGUGCGAUUGUCCAUCCAUCCAACCAUCCAACCAUCCAUCCAUCGCCGUGUACGUUUCACCAAAAAGCGUAAUUCCCACAAUCAGAUUUCGCCAAAAAAACGUAAACGUAAAUCCAACAAUCAAAUUUAACAACAAAAGGGCAACGGCGAAAUUCGUUAUCAACGGAACUGCUUUUAAGCUGUGAUUUCUGCGUGUUUCCCUGCUGAUUUCCCAACUUUUGCCGAGUUUUGUUUAUGAUCUGAGGAGAGUCGCCGAUCCACAAAGAAGCUCAAAUCGAGGCAUUUCCAUUGUGCACGGCGACAAAAGCAAAUUGCCGCGCAAUUUCAUUCUGUUCUCCCCGCGAUUCCCAAUUCUCAAUCUCAAUUCUGAAUGCAAAUUGCACUCGCGGCACACAAAUUGAACCUUUGACAGGCGGCAGAGACAGAGACAGAGGCGCAGGCAAAGGCAAAGGCACAAGCACAAGCAGAAGCAGAGAAAACGCGUCGUAUGCGUAAUCUGUGGAGCGGCCUAGAAGGCGGAGGCAGAAGUCCUCUAUGAGGAGGGAAGGCAAAAAAGGUGUGUGAAAAAAGUACGAAAUAUUCCGUGGAAAUCGAAAUCGAAAUUGAAAUUGAAAUGAAAGGCGUGCGCCGGUUCCAAUAAAUUAUGCGUCUCUGGGAGAAUUCUUCUCUUGUGGUGGAGUUCUGAGCGGAGUGCGUGUCCGUCUCCGUCUCCGUGUUCGUGUCCCCUCUUGUGCCAAAGAGAAGAGUCACACAAACAGAAGGCAAUUGAAAAUGCGAUUCAUAUCGACACCAGCAACAACAAAAGCAACAGCCACAAUAACUACGAGUACGAGCAACAGUAGCAACAAUUACAACAAUCCCAGCAGUAGAAGCAACAACUGCUAGGCUACAACACCUGCCCUGCACCGCCGCCAACACCCCCCAACCCACCACCCCAGCCCGAGCCCGAGCCCCAACCCCAACCCAGAAGUGAUCCACAGGCGAGAGAAGGCAACAACAUGUCAAGCAUAAUUAAUUUCCGAUUCUGUUGUUACGAGCACUGCCGCCGAUUCCUGGCCCCACCCGCCGCCCCGUCUGGGUCUGGAAGCGCCCCCGAUCUGGAAGUGUAAUUACGGUCAUAAUUCACCGGAGCAACUGCAACCACAACAGCAACAAACGGGAAGCACACCGCUGGACAGAGAUCAACAUUCGCAGUACUUCGCAGGAAUCGCGGGGGAACAAUCCAAGGAAGAGCAUUGCAAGCGGAAAACUAAUAGAGAUUUCUGAAGAACUCGAUCGAAUUUUGAAAAUGUGUUGCAAAUCGAGUGGCAAGUGGAAACCUUGUGGCCCGUCUCCCACUGGACAGCAGCAGCAGCCGCCGCCAGAAUCAGCAUCAACAUUUAGGCGGCAAACAAAUUGGAGAACGAUUCGAGUCCCUACACUCGCACUGAUACUGCUCUCGAUGCUCCUCCAACUGCAGACGACUGCCGCCGGUGUCGGGGAUAGUCUUCAUGGCGAUCUUCUGUCCUGCUCGGUCGAGGGAGAGGAGGUUCUGACGGGCAUCCAGAACUCCAAGUGCUUCAAGUGCAUCUGUCAGAACGGCUUUGUGAACUGCGCCAAGAGCUGUCCGGCCAUCGACGACUGCUACCUGCUGGAGUCCAAGCUGGAGUCCAGUGACCCUUGUUGCCGCAAGUGUAAAGGUUGCAUCUUUCGUGGGCUGCCCUAUGCGAGUGGCGCCGAGUGGAGCGACCCGGAGGAUCCCUGCAAGACGUACAAGUGCAUCGCCAGUGUUGUCACCGAGACAAUACAGAAGUGUUAUUCACAGUGCGACGACAACCAGCUGCAGGCGCCGCGCCCCGGCGAGUGCUGUCCCACCUGUCGGGGUUGCAAGAUCAAUGGACAGACGGUGGCAGAGGGCCAAGAGGUCGUCGCCUCGAUCGACGACCGCUGCUUGGUCUGCCAGUGCGGCGACAACCAGUUGACCUGCGCCAAGAAGACCUGCCCCAUUCUGCAGUGCCCCAAGACGAAGCAGAAGCAGCACCCGAACGAGUGCUGCCCCCGCUGCACGGAGCAGCGGGUCUUCAUACCAGUGACAGGAAAAUGCAUCUUCAACAACAAACUCCACUAUGACAAAACGCAGUUUACGCCGGACCGCUGCACCAACUGCACCUGUCUGAACGGCACCUCCAUCUGCCAGCGGGCCACGUGCCCCAUCCUGGAGUGCGCGCCAGAGUUCCAGGAGGACGACGGCUGCUGUCCCCGCUGUGCGGUGGCCGAGGUUCGGAGCGAGUGCAGCCUGGAGGGGAUCAUCUACAAGAACAACGAGACGUGGAACAUGGGCCCCUGCCGGAGCUGCCGCUGUAACGGGGGCACGAUCCGCUGCUCAGAGAUGCGCUGCCCGGAGGUGAAAUGUCGCGCCAACGAGGAGCUGAAGCUGCCGCCGGGCGAAUGCUGUCCCAGGUGCGUGGAGACGGCUGGCACCUGCACCGUGUUCGGGGACCCGCACUUCAAGACCUUCGACGGGAAGUUCUUCAGCUUCCAGGGCAGCUGCAAGUACCAGCUGGCCGCCGACUGCCAGGGGCACAGCUUCCACAUCCGGCUGACAAACGACGGGCGCGGCACAAAGCGCUCCAGCUGGGCCAAGACGGUGACCCUCAAGCUGCACAACCUGCGCAUCAAUCUGGGCCAGAAACUGCGCGUCAAGGUGAACGGGACGCGGGUGGUGCUGCCGUACGAGGGCCGUGCCGGCGACCAGAACGUAACCAUCGGGCGGCUGGCCGAGGGUGGAGGCGUCCUGCUGCGCUCGGAGAUGGGCCUGGCCAUCGAGUGGGAUGGCAGCGGUUUCCUGCAGGUCUCGGUUCCGGCCCACUUCAAGCACCGGAUGUGCGGCCUGUGUGGCAACUUCAACGGCAGCGGGCGCGACGAUCUCACGGGACGCGACGGCCGGCCCCACGGCGACGACGAGGUCUGGCACUUUGCCAACUCAUGGAAGGUGGGCGGCCCCAAGUCCUGCUCCCGCCCGCGCGAAAACAUCGCCGCCCUGCCCACGUGCAACAAGCGCCGGUCGAGCUUCUACUGCCAGCCGCUGCGCGUCUCGGAAGUAUUCGGAAACUGUGAUAGUAGGCUUAAUCCCAUCAACUACAUUGACUCCUGCCGCAUGGACGUCUGCGAGUGCCCCUCGGGCAGCUGCCACUGCGACAGCUUCGCGGCCUACGCCCACGAGUGCCGCCGCCUCGGCGUCCAGCUGCCCGACUGGCGGACUGCCACCAACUGUCCCGCCGGCUGGAGACGGAAUGCCACUCUCGCGAACUUCCUAGACAACGAGUACUACGGGGAUAGCUUGAGGCGCUUUCCCGGUCCAGGCUCCCCCAAGGGCCGGCGACGCAAGCAGCAGCACCUCCAGCAUCUGCAGCAGAGCCAGCAUCAGCACCACCAACAACACCAGCACCAGAAGCAGAACCAGCUCCUGGACAAUGAUUUCAUUAAGAAGCAUGUCCCCAGCAGCCUGUUGCAGCAGCGUGCGCCGGAUCGCACGCCGCCGCCACUACACUGAGUGGAGGACUGAGAACGAGCCAGCCCAUCUCCUCUGCCAUAAGUUACUACACACACACACACACACACACACACACACAUGCGUACACUCUCUCCCACUCGCACACACAUUCUCUCACAGGCGAAGACAACUUUUCGUAGCAUACUUUUAGCGGCAGCCAAAAAGAAAGAGAGAGAGAGAUGGAACGAUAGAGAGUGAUAGAGAGAGGGGAAACUUUUAGUUGAAUUUGCUCCCAUGACAGACAGACAGACAGACAGACAGACACGACAUACAGGCAGCAGUAUUACGCUGAAGCAUUACGAACAGUCCUCUGGAAACAGGCAGAUAUACAUACAUAUAU